CUCCCAUUUGCAUUGUUUAACAUACUUAGAAAAUGAAGUGUUCAUUUUUAACAUUCCUCCUCCAAUUGGUUUAAUGCUGAAUUACAGAAAAGUACUAAGCAAAACCAGGUGCCUUUGCUGUAUUCUCUCCAGUGUCUGAGGAGGAGCAGACCUCUCCUUCUCCCUUCCCUCUUCUCCCCUCCUUCCCUCCCUCUUCCUUCCUUCCCUCAUUCUCUUUCUCUCUAACUCUGUUUCUGUAUUAUUCGCUCUUUCAUUCCCUGGGAUAAAUAAAUGAUGGUAGGACCAGACUUCUAGCAAAAAACUAAUGCACAAGCCUAAGUUUUAGCUACUCAGCAAAUAUCUGGGGCACUGUUUUCAUCACCUCAGCUUCCUUCACUGCUUUGGACAUGACAGGAUUAAAAAGGAUACUGACCAUUUUCAUGGUGGUUGACUGCCUUAUAAGUCGUGGGAAGACACAGCAACAGUGCUCAAAUGGGUUUGAGCUGGACCGUGCCACAGGCCAGUGCCUAGAUAUUGAUGAAUGCCGGACGAUUAUUGAAGCCUGUAGAGGAGAUAUGUUGUGCGUGAAUCAGAAUGGUGGCUACUUGUGCUCACCCCGAAGUAACCCAGUUUUUCGAUCGCCUUAUCUGAAUCCAUACUCUAACCUCUAUCCACCACCUCCAGCUCCAGCUCCUCCUCCCGCUUAUCCUGCAGCUGGUGCCUUUCCUGCAGCUGCAAGAACAGCAGUUUGCCGGUUUGGUUACCAAAUGAGCGAAGGCAACCAGUGCAUAGAUAUUGAUGAAUGUGCAACCGAGUCACAUCAGUGCAACCCCACCCAAAUCUGCAUCAACACUGAAGGAGGAUAUACUUGCUCCUGCACUGAAGGCUACUGGCUUUUGGAAGGACAAUGUAUAGACAUAGAUGAAUGUCGUUAUGGCUACUGUCAGCAGCUGUGUGCCAAUGUCCCUGGCUCUUAUUCCUGUACCUGCAAUCCAGGGUUUAUCCUGAAUGAAGAUGGAAGAUCAUGCCAAGAUGUUAAUGAAUGUACAACUGACAACCCUUGUGUGCAAAACUGUGUCAAUACCUAUGGCUCCUUCCUUUGUCGCUGUGACCCUGGCUAUGAAUUGGAAGCUGAUGGGAUUAGUUGUACUGAUAUGGACGAAUGCAGCUUCUCAGAAUUUCUUUGUCAACACGAAUGUGCCAAUCAGCCAGGCAGUUACUACUGCUUCUGCCCUCCCGGCUACGUAUUGCUCGAUGACACCAGAAGCUGCCAGGAGAUUAAUGAAUGUGAAAUUGGAAACCACACUUGCACUGUGCACCAAACUUGUUUCAACAUUCAAGGCGGAUUCAAAUGCCUAGACCCAAUAAGAUGCGAGGACCCUUAUAUCAAGAUCAACGAUCACCACUGCAUGUGCCCAGCUGAAACUCCUGGUUGUAGAGACCAGCCAUUCAACAUUAUCUACAGAGACAUGGACAUUGUAUCAGGACGCUCAGUGCCCUCAGAUAUAUUUCAGAUGCAAGCAACGACCCGCUACCCUGGAGCAUAUUAUAUCUUCCAGAUCAAAUCAGGGAAUGAAGGCAGAGAAUUCUACAUGAGGCAAACUGGACCUAUCAGUGCUACUCUAGUGAUGACCCGCCCAGUGAAGGGGCCACGUGACAUUCAGCUGGACCUUGAGAUGAUUACUGUUAACACCGUCAUCAACUUCAGAGGAAGCUCCGUUAUUCGGCUGAGGAUAUACGUGUCACAGUAUCCCUUCUAAACUGGAGUUUCUCUCCAUUUUUCUUUAAAGAGUAACUGCUGAAAAAAAGACAUUAUUCCUUUUCUUUCCAGAACUUUCUCCACAGGAAUCAAUGUGUCUAAUAAUUCCACACCAAGUAUUAAAUGUCAACAUAAUCGCUCGCAUCAAAAUGGUGGGGCCGGGUCUCCCCAUGGAUUGAAGCCACCCUUGCUUGUCAAUGGAUUCUUAUAGGUGUUUGUUUGUGCUCAUCGAUCAUGUGCUGUUGCAAAUCUUUUGUCUUGGUUUCUGAAGUUUAUAAAAUUUCAAUUAUAAGCUUAAGACACUGUGAAAUUCUCCACCUUUAUAAUGGCAAUGCUGCUUAGUAAAGGCUCCAGACAAACUGUAGGGAAAGGCAGCUUUUGCUAUUCUGAGGGGUAGCCUUGUUAGUCUGUUGUCACAAAGUAGAGCACAAGUCUAGUGGCACCUUGCAGACUAACAACACUGAAUUGUUAGUCUUUAAGGUGCCACUGAGCUUUUAUUUUAUUUUGCUAUUCUGCUCUCUUCUCCCUUAAAUUUUGAAAAGAAAAUGUAAAACAAAACAGAAGCGCCCCCCCUCCCCAAUUCCCCACCAGUAGCCAGGGGGGAUCUGGCAACCAUACCUGUGGCAUGUGGAAACCUCCAGUCCCUCUUCUGUCAAAUCUUCAGUCCUUACAUCAGUCUCACAGGAACUAACUUUUUUCCCCAAAUGGAAAAAAGUUUUCUUUCCUUUGUUGGGUCCAAAGAACCACAAUAACGUGCUCAAGAGGGCUCUUGGCUUGUGUUUCUUGAACUUCAGCAACCCUUGUGUCACAUGGCAACGCCUUUAUUAAAUGGAAGGGACUUUGAAAAGCAGUUUGUAGUCUGGUGUGGGAAUCUGAAACUCAAAGAAAAGGAGUGCGGGGGGGGGGGAGUCCCACUGGGCAUAGCUAAGCAGUUGUUUGCGCCCAACACAUCUGUUGGGAUUCGAGCCAUUAUGUGUAACUGAUUUCUGAGACAGAGAGAGAGAUCACUAGAUGGUAUAUUUUUAAAGUAUUUAUUGUAAAAUAUAUAGUGCCUGAUUCUCCACUUAUACUUCCAGCUCACAUCACCGAUGACAAAGCAGUUUGCAAUUGGAUAGAGAUCACUACAGCAUCUGACAACAAGUGUACUUAUACCACAUUUUAGAAGCUCUUGUCAUUUUCUCUGCAUAUGAAGGGACUUCUUCAUCCUCUUUAUGUAAGCAGAGAAAGCCAUGCAUUUACAAAGAGUUGUCCUUGGGAGGGACAUAGCUGAAUGGUAGAAUUCAAGCUCAGUAAGCAUAUGGUCCCAGGUUGACUCCCCAGAGGCUCCAGUGAAAGGCAGCAGAAGGGCCUUUGAAUGAGAACUUACUGCUAGGGGGAGGGAUGGUAACAUGGUAUGCCCCAGUUUCAUCAAAUCCUGAAGUUAAGCAGGGUCAGUACUUGGAUGGGAGACCAGUAAAUAAGACUCUGCAGAGGAAGGCAGUUGUAAACCACCUCUGCUUCUCACUUACCUUGAAAGCCCCUUGCUAAGGUCCCCAUAAAUUGGUUGCAACUUUAUGGCACUUAUGUACAUAGAGGAACCUGUGAUCUGACAUAGCAUUAAGGCAGCUUUAUAUGUUAACUGCUGUGUGCACAUAGCUGAAUUCUCUUUGUCUCCAAGAGUUCUCCAAGAAUUCUCCAAGAGCUCUGGCUCAUGCCCCAAAUAUUCCAGCCAUUAUUGUACCAUAUGACAUUUUUCUACUCUGGGAGAAUUUUAUCUCAGAAAUGUUUGAAAGUAUCCCAAGAUGUGAAUUAUUUCAAUGUCUCUUUUCUGUUGCUAUUAGAUAGUCAUUGUAGUUGAGCCGAUUUAGAAUUUAACUAAAGUGGACUGGCAUAUAGAACCAAACACUUUCUGAAUUCAAAUCCAAAAUGGCUCCUUUUGUCUGUGUUUCAAUAGUACAAACCCAGGCUAGAAGAUAACAGAAUAAAAUUUGAAUUUUCUGACUCUACCUCCCCUGGGAUUUUAGAACCUCAUUGUCAUGGUAUGUAUAUUUAGGGAGCAUAUAUUUGCAGGAACAAUCAUGAGACCAAAUUGUACUGGGAAUAAAGCUAAAAAUGACCUCCUGCGUUACAUAUAAAAUGGAUUUUCACCCAAUGUUAAGAAUCAGUUUGCAGCACCAAUAGUUGUAUAAACACAUGUGCUUUUAAAAUAUAAUUUUUAUAGAUCUGAGUAAUUAUAGGCAGGAAGUAGAUUAUAUAGUUGGCUGUUAAUGUUUGGAAUUUUUUCAUGAGUAAUUUUACACGUAGUUUUCUGAGAGGUAAACAAAUGGAUUGUUCUGGAAUUAACUGUGGAUAUUCAGAGGUUCACAGGGGGACUA